AAACCAAAAGAAAGCUGAGAGGUGAGGAGAAAAAAAAUAGAAUGCCAUCCAAGGGAGUAGUAAAUAUGGAGAGAGGGCAUUGCAUUGAGCUGAGCAUGCGAAUGUUGGCUUCUCUUUGCAUCCUUCUAAUUAUUACUGAACCAACAGUCACUGAAGGGCGUUACCAAGGUAGUAAAUCUGACAGAAUUAGCAAUUCUGAUAAUGGAAUUACCACAAUUCUUAGCAUUGAUGGUGGUGGAGUGAAAGGAGUCAUCCCUGGUACCAUUCUCAAAGAAUUUGAAUCUAUGUUACAGGAAAUUGAUGGUGAUGAGAAUGCGAGGAUUGCAGACUACUUUGACAUAGUUGCAGGAACAAGCACAGGAGGGAUUAUAACAGGCUUGCUAACUGCACCAGAUGAAUCAGGCCGACCCCUCUAUUCUGCUAAGGAAAUAAACCAAUUCUACUUUGACCAUGCCCCUGAUAUCUUUUGGUUGGAUGAAAGUUUAAACCCCUUCGUGGAAGCCUUGAGGGAACUUCUACAACCAAAAUACAAUGGUACAAACUACUACAAAGUAGUGAGAGAAAUGAUAGGAGGAAUUCGAUUGGAUGAGACAGUAACCAAUGUGGUUAUCCCAACCUACGAUAUGAAACUUCUCAAACCAACCAUCUUUACUUCUUUCCACGCAAAACGUGAUGAAUCUAUGAUGGCGUUGCUAUCAGAUGUGGUCAUUGGCACUGCUGCGGCUCCAACUCUUUUCCCACCAUACAGCUUCCAGAUUACCACAUCGGAAGGAGUCACCACUAAAUUUAACCUCUAUGAUGGUGCUCUGGUAGCUGGAAAUCCUACAUUGGUUGCUCUAACUGAAACGGUAAAGGAGAUGAAUGGGAACGUGGAUUAUACAAAGUUUCGGGUUCUCUCUCUUGGCACAGGAACAGAAGAGUUCCAAGGAUAUGAAGCUGAUAGUCACUGUUGGGGCAAAGUUGCUUUAAAAUAUCUAUUAUAUGAUCCAAUACUCUCGACUGCAGGAGAACGCAUGGCUGAAGUAUAUGCUGGCAUGCUUCUCCGAACUGAUAUUUACCCAAACAACUAUAUACGGAUACAGGUACGU